AUGGCCGGCUAUAAUAGAAAAGAUUGGGAAGAUUUAAAUAUUACAAAAGAAGAAGUUGAAAAUAUAACACAAGCAUUAAAAAAGGAAGGAUUUCGAAAAUUAUUAGCUGAAUAUGCUGAAGAAAUAACCGAUCCAAAAAAUAAAAAGCAAUUUCAAGAAGACAUUAUCAAACUUGAAGCCGAACGAGGAGUUGAUUGUACUUUUGUAAAUCCCGAACCCGGUUUUGUCAUCAAAACAAGUGUUGAUGGAAAUAAGAAAGCUUUUAUAAAUAUUUCUAAAAAUAAAGCCGUCGGGCGGCCUGAUUACAAACGUGAUAUCAAAGAUAAUAAUAGAGGAUUAAAUUGGUCUAUUCCGCUAUGCCAAGCACCCGGCAGAGAAGAUUUUGAUAAAAAGCGAAAUCGUUGUGUUGUGUACGACGUAAUUUUUCAUCCCGACACAAUUCAUUUGACUGAAAAAAAUCCGAAAUUUAAAGAAUUAGUUAUUGAUACCGCAUUAAAUGCUGUCGAGGAAAGUUUUAAAGUUCACCUCGACAGAAAAAAUCUUAAAUUUCCAAAAUUAAAAUAUAAAGGAUUACCGAAUGCAACGGUUAUUAGGAAAAAAUCAAAAUGUCAGCCAAAAUUAAGUGAGGAAGAUAAGGAAUUUUUCGAAAAAAUUAAUUGCCCAUUCAAGCCUCUUAAUGAAAAACAACCCGUCGUCAGAAAUAUUGAAAGCAAAAAAUCGGACUCAUCAAAAUAUACAACUCCAAAAUAUGUUGUCAAACACCGUACAGGAAUUGAUUUACAGGAGUUUACCUAUGAUAAAAAUGCAAAAAUAAACUGUGCCAUUCCUAAAGAACUGAUUAUUGAAAUAAAUCUUCCCAUGCUUAAUAGCACACAAAAUGUUAAUUUAGAUAUAAUGGAAAAAUCAUUACAUUUAGUUUGUGAAAAACCAUCAAAAUAUAAGCUAGAUAUUCAAUUGCCUUAUAGUGUGAGUGAAGAAACUGGAAAUGCAAAAUUUGAUAAAGAAAGAAAAUUACUUAUUGUAACACUUCCUGUGAUAAAAUCAAAAAUGACUAUUAAGGAUCUUAUAAGAGAAGAUAGUGGUGUUGAAAGUGAUUUCAGUCCAGUGGGUAGUGUUUCUAAUAAUGAAUAUGCAAGCAUAGAAGAAGAGAACAUUAUUAAUGAUACAAGAGAUUCAUUUAGUAUUGAAGAAGUUGAGGAUAUUAAUGAUUAUAUUUCAAAUAUUGAAGAGAGUGCUGAGGAAAGUGAUAAAGAAAAUGAAUGCAGGACUGAAAAAAAAACAGAAGAGUUUUUAGAAUCAGAUAAACAUUACAUAUUACCCACUUUUUCCUGUAAUGUUGAUGAUGAUAAAAUUUGCUUCGUUUUAAAUGUAAAAAAUGUUGAUGGUAAUUCAAUUGAAAAAAAACUUGUCAAUUCCAGUUCAUAUCACAUUAAAUUUGUUUCUAUCGGUUCAGGGUUUUUUCCUUCCCAUUAUGCCUUUUUUAUCGAUUUUAAAGAAAGUUGCAAUAUAAAAGAUGUGAUUUGUGAUACUUGGGACAACAAUGUAACAUUAUUGAUAGAAUUUGAAAAAAAUAAUGAUUGUGUUACUAAAUAUUAUGUUGGAAUCAAUCAAGAAUUUGUCACCGAAUACUUACUUAGCUUUCCUUUAGAAUUGAAAAAAAUUGAAGAUUAUAUUAUGAACAAAGUUGCUGAAAAUGAAGGAAGUGAUGUACCUAUUAAUAUUGAAGUAGAAUCUGCUCAUCCUGAGGAAGUAGUACUCAAUAUUACUCCUUUAAUUCCUGAAAAUUCAAAUGAUGAAGUUGUUAUAGAACAAAAAAUCUCAGACUCUCCGAGAAGAAUUUUACCUGAAGAAAAAUGCAGAACAUUUUCAGAAUCAGGAGUCGAUGAGAUUGUACCAGGUCCUGCUGUGAGAAAAAGUAUACUUAAAAAAAGAAUCAAUAGAAGUUUAUCGGAAUCGAAUGCAGAGGAUUACAUUUUGAAUUCAUCUUGUGGUAAAUCGUUAUAUGAUGGUUCUGAUUUUUGCAUAAAUGAAGAAGAAGAAGUUCCUCACAUUAAGAAAACCGUUCGUUUUAGUGAAAAAAUUAGGCAACAACUUUUUAGAGUCAAUUCGACCAUAUUAGGAAGAAAAAAUAAAAAUAAAAAGAAAAGUAAGAAUAAGAAGAGAGCAUUGGAAAGGAAAUUGAGCGAAAGUGAAAAUUCGGAAACGGAAAACGGUAAGGAAACAAAUAGAAAACAAAUCAAAUCUAAAAAAUGUAAAAAACAACCUAAGAAAAAAACACUAAUAGAAGACGUUUCUAAUUCGACAAACAAUGAAAAUAAUAAUAAUAAUAAUGAUAAUAAUAAUUGUGAUAGCAAGGGUAAUAAAAAAAAUGAGGGGAAUGAUAAAAUGAACGUGGAAUCGAAAAACGAAGAUGAAAAUAUAAAUAAAGAAAAUGAGGAUAAAUUAAAAUUCGGUUUGAAGAAAAACGAUAAAAUAUUCGAAUUUAAAAGCGAUUUAAUUUUUGAUCUUGAAGUUUAA